CUCAAGAUGGGCUCAAAACAUACAAAAAGGAAACAUCCACCGAUAACGCUUACUAAAUUUGUAAAGAGAGAUUUCACACCUGAAGAGAUGAUGAACGAAAAGUGUUUUGACCCUGAAGACUCCACACUUAGAUUUGUUGAUCGGGAGGAUGAAAUGGAUUUUUUGUGUAAUGACUACAAGUCUCUCAGAGCUCUGAUGUCCUGUGAUCAUUCUGUCACUCCGAUGUCUCUCACUGACUGGUGUCGCUACCUGUUGGAUCAGGGUGAGACCACAUUUGUGUGUGGUCAAACUGACUGUGGUGCUGUAUGGUCGUAUGAGGAGGUUCGUAAAAUGGCUCUUCUGACCCCUGAAGAAAUGAAGGAGUUUGAAGAGAAAAUGCUCAACAACUCUAAGGAUUUCAAACCAUGUCCUGGCUGCAACUCUUCUGUGGAGAGAGCUGAUCUGAAUGAUCUGAGUGUCCUCUGCUCAGUGUGCACAGCUGAGAAAAAGAAGGACUACAGAUUCUGCUGGCAGUGUUUGAGGGAGUGGAAAGGUCCAACUCCACGUUCAGACCGCUGUGAUAAUGAUGGCUGCAUCAAUGAUACACUUGAAACACUGAGAAAGUGUCCAGAGAUCAUCUUUGAGGAUGUGAAGGAGGUCACUGGAUGUCCUUCUAUCCGAGCCUGUCCCACAUGUGGUAAACUGGUGGAGCACAGCAGCAAACAAUGUAAAAACAUCGUCUGUCCCCGAUGUCGUGUGCAGUUCUGCUUUGUGUGUCUAAAGGUCACUGAAGAAUGUUUGGCUACAAGUGACUAUUAUGAACCUUGCUCUGAUGGAGUUGCCCCCAGACAAACCUCUGUACCUGUGUGGCAGAGGAGAUAAUCUCAAUAACACCAGACUGUUUCUGUUGAUGCAACACUGUGGUCUAUGUUAAAUGUGCCUAUGUGUGUUUUACUGGAGAGAAAAUUGCAACAUUGGCCAUCAUCAUCAUCAUCAUCAUCAUCAUCAUCAUCAUAACAGCUGUUAGUUUGAAUGUAAG